AUGAAAUGGGAUAUCCAAUCUCUAGCAUUAAGCAAAGAACUAUUUGAAAAGUUAACAAUUGAUACAGACGAUAAAGUAUGCAUAUUAAGAUUUGGAUCAGAUCAAGAGUCAAUAAAUGAAAAUUAUUUUAUUUCAAAUGAAAAAGAUAAGAUAGAAAUCAUUUGUUUUAAGAAAACUUUUUUUAGGGUAUUUAAAGAAGCACACGAUUAUUUUUACAAAGUUAUAAAUACAAAAUCAAACUUUUUGCAAGAUGAAUCAUUAAUAGAAGGCACGUAUCUCUGUACAAUUGGAUUACUUCUCACAACUCCAGAAAAUAAGACUAUCAUUCGUAUACAUGAGGAUAUUGUUAAAUAUUGCUUGAAAAGUUAUGAUGCUGAAAGCAAGCUAAAAUUUAUAAAUAAUGAGAUAGCAGUGGUAGAAAAACUUUUGACAUCUUCAAAUAAUAAAUUGAAUAAAUCUUCAUCACUAUGGACAUUAUACAAGAAAUUAUUUAUGGUUAGCUCAGAGUUCAAAGAAAAUAUUUCACUACACUACCUUAGUGUAUUCAUGAGUUCUGCAAAUCUUCAUUUUAGCAACUAUUACAGUUGGAACACCUUGAGAUGGUUUUAUGAUCUGCUAGGAAAUAAUGAAAAGAUAAUUUUAUUUGAUAAAACCAAACAAUUUUGUUUUAAAAACAUGCGGGAUUGUUCAGCUUGGGAUACGUUAGCCGAUAUGGCAUGCAAAUCGGAUGGUGAGAUAACGCAUAAUAUACAAGAAUACAACAGGUUCCGAUCAAAUUAUGGAAUAGGUUCAACUUAUAUAGAAGAUCAGAAUUUUCUAGGACCGAAGAUAGCUAGUUUGAUAGACGAAUUGGUGGAUUACAUCGAUUUAUGCGAAGUUAAUGGAUGGCCACCUUACCUCUGUUUAAUGAAAUGUAUUAGUUCUCAUAACGAUAAAGAGAUAAUUUCAAAGAUAUUUGAGAAGUGGGAUAACAGCAUUGAAUGUUUUAUAGAAAAAAAUCCAGAGGUCACAUUGCAUGGUUGUAAAUUAGAGGUCAUUUCAGAUAGCCUGUUCAUCAAUAGACUGGUUGAAGUUUUUAAUAUGAAGUUAAAGUUUAUUAAAAAGAUUAAAAAUUCUUAA